AUGGUCGUGAGUCAAGUUCAAGAAAUGCAAAUAAUUCUUCAUGAUAUUGGGGUGGAUGGUAUGGAAUUGAAUGAAUCUCUCCAUAUUGUUGCUAUGUUAUGUAAAGAUUUUAAAAACUAUCUUAAUCAUAAGGGCAAAGAUAGGACAAUGGGGGAUCUGAUUGUUCAGCUCACAUUAAAGAAGACAACGGAUAUUGAGCUAAAAGUCCUUGCAGUAAGAAAAAAUGAUGCACAAAAAAAGAAACCUCCCAAGGCAAACUUGACUAAAGUAGACAGCCUGUCAGUAAACAUUGUGGAUAUCAAUAUAUCUGCAAUUAUAUCUAAAGUUAUCUUGAUAUCGAAUACCAAAGAUUCGUCGGUGGGUACAGGAGUCACUCUUCACAUUUAUGCCGACAAUGACUUAUUCACUAAGUACAAGAAGAUGGAUCAAGAAAUUAGGAAGAAUCUGAUUUCAAGUUCUAUACUCAAUAAGAAGGGAUUCAAAAUAGUGUUUGAGUCUGAUAAAUUUAUACUUAUUAAAGGGAGCGUAUUAGGAUAUGUAAAUCAUGCUUCAUUAAGGAAAUUGGUAGGUUUAGGACUUUUAACUAACCUUGAAUCAGAAAACAAACAAAUUGCUUAUAGAUUCCUCAUGUAUAAAUCAAAAAUAAGUGACAUUCAGGUCAAUACAAUUAUCAGACACAGAGAUAUUGAAUUCUUUGAAAGUUUGUUUCAUGAUAAAAGGGAUACUUCUGAGAAUAAUAGGAAAAGGAAAAUUGAUGAUGCUUUUAAAAGAAAUAAAGAAUCUGAACCAAGGAGGAAAAAUGCAAAUGUUGCAGCAUUUAACAUUUGA